AAGGUAUGUGUAUGUAGAUAAACGUAGAGAACGUUAGGUUGUUUUUAUCUAGCCAAUCCUUGCUGUCGGGGGUGUAUUUUGAUAUUUAUUUCGUGAGAAACAAUAGUGGUGCAAAUUUCGGCUUGCGCUUUAGGUUAGGUCCUUUUAGCGCAGCUUUCGAAACUGUGCGAAAUCAGUGCGGAUAUUCUGAUAUCGACUUUUUUGCGAGAGUGCCGUAAGUUGGUGAGAACAGCUAGAGUAGAGGUCGUCGCGACGCGUUCCUUUUGAAUAUAAUUGCUAAAAGUCCGGGUUUUCGAAGCGCAUUGUAUAUAUUCCAGACUUUACGCGACGUACUACAAGCUAAGCUUCAUUUUAGUCGAUAUUUUUGCUGCAGAGUGGUGUAAUUUCGCAGAUGGCAUAGAAAUUUUUUGAAUAAUCAUUUAAAUUCGCGAGGUAAAUUGUUUUUAACUAUCGGUUAUUUUACCAAAGUAUGGUGUGAUGAGGCGUGAGAAGGACGACAGACGUGAAGUUAUGAAGAAGUUCACAUUUAAAGGCGUUCUAGACAAUUUCCGCAACUCUGUUGCUCAACCCUCCAGACAAGAUCAAGAGAUCCAAGAAACUCUCAAAUCAGAUCACUUCCAAAUUAAGAGGACUUUUCGUCAUGGCUUCCCUUUUCAACCAACCGCAAUGGCGUACGAUCCCGUUCAAAAACUGUUGGCUAUAGGUUCAAAAUGCGGCUCUCUCAGGAUAUUGGGUCAACCGGGAGUCGACGUUCAUGUCCGACACGAUAUGGAUGGUCCCCCGGGCUCCGCUGCCGUCCUCCACCUCCAAUUUCUCGUCAACGAGGGAGCACUUAUUUCAGCAACAGCAGACGAUACACUGCAUUUGUGGAAUUUUCGACAAAGGAUCCCGCAAAUUGUACAAAGUCUUAAAUUCCAAAAGGAUAGAAUUACCUACAUGCACCUUCCCUUACAGUCGAAAUGGCUUUAUGUUGGCAGCGAAAGAGGAAACGUCCAUGUAAUUCAAAUAGAAAACUUCAAUCUUUCCGGUUAUGUAAUUAACUGGAAUAAAACUAUUGAAGCGUCUCGUAAAACACAUCCCGGGGCAAUAGUACAUUUAAGUGAUAACCCUUUAGACGCUAGUAAAUUGUUGAUAGGUUUUGAUUCAGGUCAAGUUGUCUUAUGGGAUCUUAAGAAUAAAAUGGUCGAUAUGAGGUGGUUAACCAGUGAAUUAAGAUCUAUCUCGUGGCAUUACGAAGGAAAACAAUUUAUGUGUUCACACACAGACGGAACUUUAACCACGUGGAGCUUGAAAUCACCUACUAAAUAUAUUCAUAUAUCGCAACCUCAUGCGAAAUUUACCAAAGAUGGGAAACCAGAGCAAUGCAGACCUAUUUCGAAAGUUGAAUGGAAGACGUCUAGAACGGGGGAAUAUUACGUGAUAUUUUCUGGUGGAAUGCCUUAUGACCAAGCUAGUAGAACACCUUGUAUAACAGUUGUAUAUAGUAAAACGACAACAGUUCUAGAAAUGGAACAUAAUGUUAUCGAUUUUAUCAUACUUUGCGAAUCACCUUAUGCCAGUGAGCUUCAAGAACCUUACGGGAUCAUCGCUCUCCUUCAAAACGAUUUGGUGAUAAUGGAUUUACAAACUCCGGGCUUUCCAUGUCUAGAAAAUCCUUAUCCCAUGGAUAUUCACGAAUCUCCAGUAACUUGUUGCAGUUAUUUGGCAGACUGCCCCGCCGAUCUUAUACCCGCUUUUUAUUCAGUAGGAAGAGCGGGAGCAAUGAAAAGAUCGGGUUUUUCCGAAAUGGAUUGGCCGGUUAGUGGUGGCACUUGGCCGGCCCACGCAUGUACGUACGCCGAAAUAAUCAUGACGGGGCAUUCCGAUGGGAGUAUAAAAUUUUGGGACGCUAGCGCCGGUACUUUACAAGUAUUAUAUAAAUUGAAGACUGCCAAAGUUUUCGAAAAACCCAAAGCUAGAUCGUUAGAAUCGGAAGAUGAACCUUUCGCUAUUGAAAUAAUUUCCUUGUGUCCGGAAUCGAGGAAAUUGUGUGUAGCCGGUGCUUCGAGUCACGUCAUACUUUUUACGUAUAAAAAAACGGAUAGUUUCGAUGAGGUAACGGUUUUAGAGAUACCUAUCACGUACGAAGUACCGGAUGAAGGGGAAAUAUCACCAGAUUGUCAAUUUUCUGGACCUGGGAGUGCUGGAUCCGGUAACAAAUUGGAUAUGUUAGAUAUAGACAGUAAAAGGGACGGUUCAUUACUAAAGGUAAAAACCGGCAACCAAAAGAAACUUCCCGGUUUUCAAGCUCAGCUAGUUUGUCUAACUCCGUGGAAUAAUGGGGAGCCUCCUAGUCACAUUUCCGCUCUAACCGUCAAUAGUUCAUACGGGCUUAUGGCGUAUGGAAAUGAGGCUGGUAUAGUGAUAAUAGAUAUAGAACAGAAAGUGUGUCUUUUGAAUGUCGGUAGUCCAGAUAUGUACGGAGCUCAAGAUCCUUAUUCCCGUGUACCGAGAAGUCCGAAAAAAGGUCAGUUAGCAGCAGAAACAGGAAAUGUUUAUUCCGAUAAAGAAGAUAGACAACCUCGAAGUCCCAGCAUAGAUCAGAUGGGAAGAUCCCCAGAAAGUCCAUUUUCCUUUGCCCCUUGCCCCACACCUGUAGAGCAAGCUUGCGAAGCAAUCGAAGAAGAGAAAGCUGUACCUAUACCUCAAAAUCGACGGAAAUCUUCGACUUGGAAAGGGUUCAAUUUAAAGCGCCAAUUAUCAAAAGUCGAUAUCAAAAUUAAAAAUCCCCUAAAAGAAAAAAGGGGAAGUAUAUUUUAUAAUGACGUUACCUCGUAUCAAGACAAUUUUGACAAUCUCGAAGAGACUGAAACUUCUCCGGAAUCCGAUGAAAAUACCAUAAUAGACAAUCAAAGUGUCAUAGAUCUAACAGUGAAACAAGAAAAUCAAGAGACGAAUAUUACAAAUAUAAAACGUUCUGAAGAAGACAUCUUAAAUUUGUCACCCGAGGAAGAACCAGCCGUUCCAUUUUUAGUAGGGUCUUUAGGUAGUUAUAAUGAGCACAAUAGAAAUAAACCUUCAAUUUCGAGACCCGAUAAUUUAGAAUUGACGGGAGAUGAUGGUUCACCCGUAAGACCACCGAGGCACAAAAAGAAACAACAAAUAGACAAAAGGGACCAACGAUUACUUUCUGUGCCUAAUAUCAAAUUCCAGAAGGCAGACGCUCAGAAUUAUAAAGAUUUGAGGGACAAAGAAGAAGUGAACGCGACCAGUCCUCAACCCACAUUCACCGGAAAUCUCAUGAGACGUUUCAGAGAUACAAGCAUAUCGAAAGUUCUUUGUAAUUGUGUAUCAGACAAGUUAGAUAGCUCGUUCUCAAGAUCGAGAUCGUCGUCGAUGAGCUCCUUGGAGAACAUCACAUCAGAAUCGAUACAGUGUUUAGCGUUCGUCGAUUCAUACACCAAAAAAUCAGAACCAUCAACGCUGACGCCGACGCUAUGGGUAGGAACAAGUCUAGGAUCUGUUAUAACAAUAUAUAUAACACCACCAGAUGUCGAUAGCCGUUCGUCCCAGCCCGUGGUGGUGUCGUUAGUCGGAGCGACGAUAUUCAGAUUGAAAGGUUCAAUACUGACAAUGUCGUUUUUAGAUUGUAAUGGCUCACUGAUACCCUACUCAUUCGAAUCGUGGAAGGACGAACAGAAAGAAAAGAGAGACAGAACACCAACUAGAAAUAAUUCACGAAUGAGUCCAACUUUGAUUGGAUCUGAUGCUAUUCGAAAUGACAAUUUAUCAGACAGACAAUUUGUGGUUAUGGCUAGUGAAAAACAAGCAAGGGUUGUAGCUCUUCCGUCUCAAACUUGCGUCUAUAGGCAACAACUGGCCGAUACCGAUUUCGUAGUCAAAGCAGAAGUUAUCUCUAUGAGAGUUAACGUAUGUUUAGCUUGUUAUAUUUCAAACGGCCAUCUUACAACAUACAGUUUACCGAGUCUGAGACCUCUUUUAGACAUUGAUUUUUUACCACUUUCUGAGCUUAGUUUUCAGACACAAUCUAACAAAGGCAUAAUAGACCCAAUGUUAUCGAUUUGGGGCCAACAACUCAUUGUUAACGAGGAUACUGACCAAAUCACAAGAACCUUCAACUUCAGCAACAGAGGUCAUGGUUUAUAUUUGGCGUCACCUUCAGAAUUACAGAAGUUCACCUUAUGUGCGGAAUUUUGCUCAAACUUAACUGAAAUGAUUGGCGAAUUAUUCCUACCAACCGAAAUGCCUGAACCUCCUAAAGAAGGCUUCUUCAAAGGAUUAUUCGGAGGUGGAGUUAGAUCUUUAGACCGCGAAGAACUAUUUGGUGAAUCGAGUGGUAAACCCAGUAAAGCUGUAGCGAAACACAUUCCUGGUAACAUGCCCGAAUUGAGUCAGCGAGCGACUACUGCCAUAAGCGACGUCAGUAGAGCUCACAAAUUGAUGAUGGAAAGAGGAGAUAAACUCAAUCAAUUAGAAGAUCGAGCGGAAAAAAUGAGAAACGAAGCUGAGAAUUUCUCGUCAUCGGCACACGAACUCAUGCUCAAAUAUAAGGAUAAAAAAUGGUAUCAGUUGUGAAGUGCUUAUACUAUAGAUUUAAUUUUCAUAAGCGUGUUAAUAUUGGUAAAAAUGAAUGAAUUGUACAGAUUUUCGUACUAGGAUUGUAGUAUUUAAUAGUUUAUAGAAAAAAGGGUAAGUGACAAAUCAAUAUAAACAUAAUACGAGGAUAAUUAAUUGUGAAAUUAAUUAAUAAUGUCUAAGGGAAUUUAUUUUGUUUAACUUUAACUGAAGUAUUCGUCGAAAAUUAUUGGAAAAGAAACUUCACAUAUUUUUAAAAAUAUAGUCCAGUCAACAACGGUGAAAAUAGGCGAUUCAUCCAAAGUUGUUAUGCACGAUUUGUGCUUCCCGCUCGUUAGUUGUGAAAACUCACCCAUUCCAUUCCAAUUCAAAUGAAGAAAUAAACAUUUUAUAAGAUAAAUAAAUGGAUAAAAGAAAGGUAGAAAUGUGAAAAAUUGGGGAAAUUGUACUUGAAAGUUGUUUUCUUUCAUCAAUAUCGUUUAUUUUUCGAAAAAUCGUAUAGAAACAAACAAUUCGGUGAAAAAACUAACCUAACUUUAUUUGGAAGUGGGUCAAACCCAUUCGAUUAAUUGAUAUUUUUAAUAACUUUUCUCAUUAUUCCAGCGCAUUUAAUUUAAGAUAAAAAUGAAACUUAAGCUUAAAAACCAAAAUUUUAACACUUUUUGACCAAUGAAAAAAUCCAAAAACCAUAAAUUACCCGACUUGCCCCUGAAAACUGUACUUAAAAAUUGUUUUUUUUUUUAUAUUGUAUUUUUAUUCGAAAAGUUCAUACAAAAACAAACAGCUUGGAAAAAACCCAACCUAACUUUAUUUGGAAGUGUGGUCGAACCUAUUCGAAAAAUUGAUAUUUUUAAUAUUUUUUUUUACAUUUUUCCGGCGCAUUCAAGAUAAGAAUAAAGCUUAAGUUUAAAAACCAAUAUUUCAACACUUUUUUAACCAAUAAAAAAUCCAAAAAGCCAUUAAUUUUCCGUUUUGUCUCUGAAAACAGUACUUAAAAUUUUUUUAUUAAUAUUGUAUGUUUUAUUCGAAAAGUUUAUACCAAAACAUACAAUUUGAAAAAAACCGAACCCAACCUAAUUUGGAAGUGGGGUCAAUCCUAUUUUUGGUCAUAACAAAUUGAAAAACUGAUAUUUUUCAGGUUAGGUCAUGUUUUGUACUUUCCGAAGAACAAUAUGACAAAUUUUUGAGUAAAAGGUUAGGAAAAAAUAGGAAAAUUAUGUCUCCUGGAUUUUUUUAUUAUCCAAAUUUCUCUGUUUGCAAAGUUCCAAACUCACUUUUAACUUUAAUGCACCAAAAAUAUUAACAAAAUGAAAAAAAAAUCUAGAAAAUAUCAAUUUUUCGAUUUUUUACGACCAAAAAAAUGGUAGUCCCCAAACAUUUACCAAAUUGAAAUAGUACAUUUUAUAUUUUAGUAUGCAAAUUAUAAAUUUUUCAACAAUUCAACCCUUAUAAAAUCCAGCCUUAAGACUAAUUUUAAAGAAAAAAUCAUUUUUGAUAUCUCAAAAUAUCUCAACAGAAGAUACGUUUCGCACGAUUCGAUAACCAAAUUAUUAUCUUCAUAGACUGAAGGUAAACUACAAUUUACUACGCUCUUCAAACAGUGUAAUUGUAAGUGUUGGUGUCGUAACCACUUACUAUUUUCGACAUUUUCUCACAGUUUCGACUUAUUUAAAUUCGAAAAAAUUUCGGAUAUGAUUUUUAAUAAAUUGGACAUAUCAACUCCGGUUUAUAAUAUCUAGAUGUUAUCACGCCGCUCUGAUGAGACGCAUUAAACAUAGAAACUUGUCAGCAAUUACGAUCUUUAUUUUAAACGUUAUUUCAGAAGCUAGUUUUUCGAAUAUUGAUAAAAAAGAGUUUUCAAGGAUUAAAAAAAAUUAAGAAAAUCAUAUGUAUUUUUGAAAUUGUGAUUUCAAAUUUUUUUUGAAUACAUCUUGGGAACAUACACUUAUUUGUUGAUGAGAAAUAUUCAUUUUCAUGGAAAAUCUGUUGGCUCAAAUUGGUUUUUCCUUUGAAACAGACUAACUUUAUUUUCAUUAUAAAUCAGUCAAUUUUUUGCAAAAGACGUUUAUCAUAGUUCUUUUUGAACAUUUUUCAAAGCUGUAUAAGAAUGCUCCUGAAUAUUUUCUACAAAAAAUGGGAAAUUUUCCUAUCAUUUCACUUUGAAAUGUCUCAAAUUUUAAACUGUGAAUUGAGCUUUUUAUUUAACGAGGGAAUUCUGGUCAAAAUACCAGCAGGUUUGAUAGGGAAUAGCUAAAAAAUAUCUUCUGGGCUUAUAUUGCAUUUCCGAGAGAAAGUGGCACUCAUCCCCAGGCUAAAAUACAUAUCGACAUAAUAUAAUUUUUGAACCUUGAAGCAAUUACUACUUCGAGCCUGAAAGCUAAAAUCCUCUGAUGAAUGGACUAUAAGUAAUUUCGUUGUUUGUUCUAUUUUUGUACAUAUUUCAUGCAAAAAAAAAUUUCUCAUUUUUAAUUGUAAUAUUAUUGACUUGUCGCCUACUUUCAUUAGACCAAUAGGCAGAAAUUUAUUUAACUCUGCUUCGUUUCCUAUUAAAUGAAUCGACUUUAUUUUGUCUAUAAAAAAUUGUUUAAACGUCCACAAAAUCUAUUCACAAACAUUCAGUAAUCAUAAUAAAGUUUUAAAAGUAAACACAAGUCUAAAAACCAAACUACGGAUACAGAAUUGGAAUAUAAUGGGGUAACGAUAUAUUUCAACCCCAAAGUCUAUUAUUAAAAUCUGUGGGAAUUUAUAAACACCACAUGUUUUCGGAAUAUCAUCUCUAAUGAAAAAUAUAUCAAAUUCCAAUCAUUAUCCUGAAUUUUUCAAUAAAUGAAGUUUGCAAGGACAAUUUAGUGCCCUCGAUAUUUGAUUCUUCAAUGUUAUUUUUUUUUAAAUGUUUGCUCAAAAAAAAAUAGGUUGAUUUAUGCGGCAGUUAUGAGGAAUAUAAUUGAAUAAAUUUGAUUUUAUAUGCAAAUAUUGACAAAAUCUUUCUAAAACAGUUUUAAAUUCAAAAUGAUGGCCGCGAAUAAUAAAUUUAUAUAUAUUUUUCAAUAGCUGUUUAUUUUAUUUCAGUUUGCUGAAAUCAGGAAGAAUUGCAGUUCAAUAAGCAAUAUCAAUAAAAUAUUCAAAAUUUUUUUCACAUAUUCUAUAACGCUACAACUAUAAAUUUUUUUUCAGUUAUUUAGAGAUUUAUUGAUGAAAAAUUAAUUUUUACUUAUUAUCGUUAUAAAUUAUAAAAAGAUAGGUUUCCAAAAUUCAUUCAUCGAGAAAAAAGAAAAAGAUUAACACUGCUUUCAUUCCCGACGUUAAUUGGAGAUUUCUACCAUUACUAAUACUUAUAUAGUGCUUCAUGGUCGAACUCAAAUAUCUUCAUAUCCUUACAGGUGAGUAUCUGAAUCAUCCAGCUUCUGUUAAUUACCUAAAAGCGACACAACAAACUUGCCGAUCAUAUUUUGAAUAUUUAAACCUUUCCAUUGUAUGACAUCUUACGGAUGUCAAAUGUCAAACGUCAAUGAACACGUUGGUACUACUGGUAACAUGGAUCGUCUUCUACUUCUUAAUGCGUCUCUUGGGAUCUUUGGAACAAUUCUACUAUUCGAAUAUGUAUGUUUUUUAACAUACGCUUCUCUUAAUACGAUUUGUCAAUGACAUCUGAGGUUUUUUUCCAUUAUAAAUUAUAAAAAGAUGUCGAUGAUCAAGAAAAUUAUCAACACUGCUUUCAGUUGAAUAUUUAUCUGGUUAAUCCAGCUUUUGUUAGUGCUCUGAAAGUAGCACAAAAAACUCUUGCUGAUCAUAUUUUGUAUCUUUGAACUAUCAACAUCUGACCAACAUCUUGCGGUUGGUCAGAUGUCAAACGUUAACAAACGCAUUAGUACUAUUUGUAAUGUAGAUCGUCUUCUACUGUCUCGCGCUUUUCUUUGGAUCAGUUGUCUCAUUCGAAUAUGUAUGUUUUUUGACAUACACUUGUUUUUUACCAGAUUUCACAAAAAAGAUGGACUCAUAAAGUGAGUCACUCAUUUUUAUACUACCAUCAAUAUAGUUUCUUUAGAAAAAUGACUAUAAAUCAAAAAUCAAACGUGCCACUGACCUCAAUUAAACUGAAAAUAAAUCGUUUUUUACUUGCCAAAUGUAGACGAAGGGAUUAAAUACCUAAGUUAUGAUUAAAUUUCUGAAAUUUAAUAGAAAUAUAUUGUGUACUCUCAAAUAUGUUACCUUUUUUGUAAGUGGUUACAGAAAUUACAAUACUUCACAUUAAUUCAUACUGACAUGACAUUGUGAUUUCGUUAUGAGAUUUGGGCGGGAAAUUUGAAUUAAGAAAUGUUAUAAUAACCAAAAACUAGAGGUCGCUUUUUAAGUUACACUAAACAGAAUUUUCUUAACCUCGUAACUUUUCACAAUGUAAACGUGUAUAAAAAAUUGAGGUUAUGGUUGUGAAAAUUGCAAAAUAAUCUAGAAUUUUCUGAAGGAAUAUAUAUUCUUAGAUCAAAAUAUUCAAAAAAAGUUAUAAACAAAAUAAAGUAUGUUCAUUUGAUAUCUGUUUAUUUGCCCGUUGGUCUAUUCCUGAACUUCUUAAACUUAAUGCAAAUUGUGAUAUUCUAUUCUGCCUGUAAGGACAGAUUGCGAUGACUUUUAAACUACCCUAAAUGAUUUAUUACUGUCUUAAAAAGUAGCAUCUAAAAAAAUUGUUUGGGUAUGGUAACCUCGAAAAUUUUUAUUAUCGCUACCAAAUAUGUCUUUAAUCAUGAAUAAUGCACAGGUUAGAAUAAUAAAUCAUCAAGAUUAAUAGAUUAAUAGAUUUUCAUAUUUCACAUUUUCAAAAACUUGCCCAUUAAAGUUACUGGUACCAAAUCCUGUCAUUGGACAUUUAUACUGUCCUCUUCAAGCUGAGGGGGUUGAAUAUCUUGGACUUAACUAAUGAAUUCUUACGAAUUUGCAGCAAAACUUGCUUUUCAGAGCUAUUUUAAAACUCUACAGCACAUAUCUUAAGAUAUGGAAUGGUAUUGAAACGAGACAUCGAUUCAACAUACAGUGUUGUCUGAAAGAUAUUAACGAAAAAAAAAUUAUUCGGAAUUUAUACAACACUGAAAAAAGUUUUGUACAUAAACACUAAUAUAUAAUGUGAAAUAAUAUGAAAUAUCUAGUUUUCAUUAUAGAAAUAUAAGAAAUUCAAAGUAUUAAAAGAUGACAAGAUUUAGAGAGAAGGAGUCAGUUUUGGGCAAGCGGUGAUUAGUUGUCUUAGCUCGACAAAAUGUCAGCGUAUUCUUUCAACCUUGUUGUGCAAUGGUCAACAAAGCACCAAGUCACAGAGUUGCGCUAAACUCCAUAUAGUCCCGACGUAGAUCCAUGAGGCGUUUGGGUUUUCCAUAGAUUAAAAACGACAUUCAAAGGACACCGGCUUGAUAAUGGAUUGUUAUUAAUAUUCUGAAGAAAAAUUCGUGAACUAAGUUCUAGGACUAUAUCAGGAAGUGGAAAAACUGCUUGGAACGUGUUAUUGAAUCAAAUGAAGGGUUCACAUUUAGAGAAUAACUCAAACUUCGUAUGUACAUGACUAUGAUGAUAUAUUGAAAAGGGAUAAUUCCUAUCAGUUGAUAAGAAUAUUAAUCCCUAAUAAAAAGCAGAAUUUGUUAAGGUUUAUGAAUUAUCAAAUUGAUCUAAUUAAUAUUCCAAAUGUACAAUCAUCUGUAUAGAACCUGUGUAUAUCAUAGUUAUUUAUGCAAUUUUUGGUAGCCUAUAAAAAAUUUUCUUCUAAUACCAUUUUAUACUGAAAAUUUUUCGUUUAUAAUCUUGAAUUUGGAAAAAAUACCAGUUACCAGUGUGGUUUCUCAUUUACAUGAUUUGACUUGGAAGUAUUGACCAAAGUUUUGUUUUUUCAGUCAUAAUAAAAACACUCUUUACUACUCUAACACUAUUACAUCGGUCUUGGUUAUAAACCAAUUUGGCUCGAAGAACCAGAUAAUGUAAUUAUGAAUGUUGAUCUAGUGCUAGAAAUUUCCAAUAAUUUUGAAAUUUUUUUAUGAAAAAUCAUUCUCUUUCCCCGCCUACUUGAACAUGCUCUUCUUUCUAACUCUAGCUCUAAGUAGUAGUAUUGCAUAUUUCCUAUUUUCACACAAUCUUUUUCUUUCAUAUUUGUUAAUAACUUUUUUCGUUGUUCUUAAUAAACUAUAUCAAUUUUCUCCAUUUUAUAAUAUUGAAUUAAAAAAAAUUAUUGUUUCCAUCAUUCUGAAUAAACUGUUCACUACCCUCCACUAACACUAUUACAGUGGUUCUUCGAACCGGAAAAGAACCAGCGACCUACAGCUCAAAGGCCCAGAUAAUGUAAUUGGAAGUGUUAAUGUAUGUGUAUUAAAUAAUGUAUUCAAUGAUUCGAGUAAUUUCGAUUAGUUUUGAAACAGUUUUAUGUAAAAUUUGAUGACAAGAAAUCAUUUUCAUCAAGAAAACUUCACUCUUUUUUGUUGUACUUUGAUAUUCCAGUAUAAGAAUUGUUUCUCAGUUUUCAUCCAUCGAGUAUUUUCUCUUCUUGGACAACUUUUUAAGUUUCAUAUUUGUUAAUAGUUUUUUCGUUAUUUUUAACAAACUUUUCAUUUUACCUAAUUUUAUAAUCUUAAAUUGAAAAAAUUUUUUCCAUAAUUCAGAAUAAACUGUUCAGUAUCCUUUAUUAACAAACUAUUAAAUUGCUCCUUCGAGCCGUGUUAUGAAUCAGCUAUUUCCGGCUCGAAGAACCAAAUAAUGUAAUUGUUGAUUUUCAAUAAUUUGUAUUUAUGUGAACUUUGUUAGAGUUUAGAAAUUAUUUGGAAAGCGAGAUCUUACUCUUCUUAAUUUCCAGUAUUUCCUCAUCUUGCACAAUCUGGCACAAACAAAAAUUGUUAUUUAAAUCAUCUCAAUAAAUUACUUACUACCCUACACUAACACACUAUUACAUUGGUCCUUCGAGCCGGGACAAAACCAGCGAACUACGACUCGGAAGACCAGACAAUGUAAUUGAAAGUAUAGAGGUAGUAGGUAAUGAAUAGUGUAUUCAAUGAUUUCAGGCUCAUGUUUCUCAACAUCAAUUUAAUAACUGUCUUUUGUUCUUUUUCUGUCCCACUCUGGUAAUCUGGUCUUCAAUUAUAAUUGUUUCCACGUUUUCUGUCAUGGACUUUUUCCUUUUGCAUAAUCUUUUUUCAACUUUCAUAUUGAUUGAUAGUUUUUCCAUUAUUCUUAAUAAACUAAGUUAUUUUUUAUAUUUUUUAAUUUUGAAUCAAAAAAAAAAUGUUUCGAAUAAACAUUUCACUACUCUACACAAUAACGUUGGUUCUCCGAGCUGGAAAAAACCAGCUACUUACGGCUCGAAGGACCAGACAAUGUAAUUUUAACUGUUGUAGGAUUCCAAAAUAGUUUUUAAACGGUUUUAUGGAAAAUAUAAUUUGGAGAGGCAGAUCUUGUUCUCUGUCCUUCUUUUGCCCCAAUUUUCCAACAAAUUUUUUUCCUCUAGUACAUUUUACAAAUAUUUCUUCAAUUUUAUAUUCAAAUUCCUUUUUUGCUAAUGGUGUUUGAAAUAUGCCAUUGAAAUUCCUUAUAAUUUCUGAUUUUUAUGUCCCACUAUUUUCGAUUUGUGAAGUUAUUGUAUACAGGGCGAAAUGAUAACACUUAAUUUAUCUAUAAUCUUCAGCAAUCACUAUUAAAGACCACGGACCUUAUAUAAUUUGUAUAACUAUAUUAAGGUUAUCAUUUUAUUGUGUAAAAAUACGCAUAAAAGGAACAAAUGUGGAAAUUUGGUUAAAAAUAUGCAAUUGAUCAACAACAAGAUACCCAUUUCAAUGAUUCUCCAUAUCAUAAGAGUAAUUUUCCUUUACUAUAACGUUAUAGUUCGAGAAACUGAGUUAACUGGUAAUUUAAUUGUUAUUUCGCAUGUAUAUAAUCCGCUGUAAUUGUAGAAAAAGAAGUAGUGAAUGUAAAUAUGUACUAAAUUUGUUCUUUUUAUCUGAUGAAAAAAAAACAUGUUAUAAGUAUUUGGAAGACAAUAAGGUAUGUUUAAAAAGCUAUUUUUUCAACGGUACAGCUUCUCUAAACUUUUUUUGUUAUUUCAAUUAUUAUAGAUUAUUUUACAGGAAAAAACCAGUUUUUUCUUGCUACAUAAUUAUUUAUAUCGACAAAGUAAAAUGCAUAUCAGUAAGACUAUCACAUGAAGUUGUUAAUUUCAGAUUUUUAUCCAUACUGUUGAUACAAUUUAUAGUUUAUAUUAUAUAUUUCAACAAUAAAAGAGGUAUAAACAAAGAAAUCUGGUUUUACAAUUAUUAAAUCGUAUUUUUUGGAAAACUGAUAUUUAUUUAGGCAACAAAACAUACACUUGCCACUGAACAAAAAUUUAAAAAUCGAAAGUGUACUUGGAAAUUACAUUCUAAAUAUUGGCAAACAUGUGGCAUUAGUAAUGCUUUCAAACAAAAACUAUAUAUGUGUAACAGGAAUCAUCAGUCUUAAAUCUGGGGAAAUAACAUUCAGAACGUUGGCAGCUAUGUGGCAGUAGUUAUUGUAAAUCUAACCAAUCAAUAUGGAAUCAUUAAUUGUGUAUCUGGGGAAAUCAUAUCUUAAACGUUGACAGUCGUGUGAUAUCAGUAGUGACAAUUGCAGUUGUUGAACGAAAACUAAGUGAAAGAAAGUGUAAUUAGAAUCAUUAUAACAUUCUGAAUUUUGACAGAAUUAAAUAUUGAAAGUGUUAUUGGGAUUAUUACUCGUAUAUCUGGUGAAAUUACCUUCGAAACGUUGACAGCCUUGUGAUAUCAGUAGUGACAAUUGCGAACAUUAAAUUAAAACUGGGUAUUGUAAGGGUAAUUGGAAUCAUUACUUGUAAAUCUGGGGAAACUUACCGUCAUUAUUGGGAGCAUUUGCAGCGUUGUCAAAUUAUUCAUGGAAUAUGGAAAUUAAAAGAAAAAGCUGAAGCAAAUAAAAAGCUUUAACGUUUGAAAUUUCACAAUAUAUUUAAAGAAAACUACAGAAGUAUAUAAUUUUCUUCUAAUAUAGAGUCGAGUUUUUACUAUUUGUGUUUUUUUAUCAAAUUUAUGAACAGCUUUCACGAAAUAAGAAUUACUACAAUAAAAAUCUACUCAGUUACUAUAUUUUUUGAUAAAUAAAUAUGAAAAAAUGAAAACACGAACAAAAUAAAAUAGGUUUCGAUAUUUUCGAAAACCAAAACUGGCAUUAAAGGAAUCAGUAUCCUGUGAAACGUUAACAUACUAAGAAAAUAAUUUAUUUAUAGACAAAUAUAUAAAAUAUGAAAAUUGAAUGUGUAAAAUAAUUUAUUUAUUGGGCCAUUCGAAAAAUUGAAUGAAGAGAUGCAAACUAUCCAACAUAAAAAGUAACUAAAACAAUAAGGACCCCCAGUGACUCGAACAUAGCCUAUAAAUUCCAAAUAUUUUAACAUUUAUCGAGUAAUCCUUGUCAGUUGUUACUCGUUAAAUAAAAUCCAUAGUAUCAUUCUAAAUGUUGGUAACAAUGUGACAUUGUUUUUCAGUGUUGCAUGAUUUAUAGUUUUCAAAAUUAGGUAAUUAAGUCAGUAGAUCUUAUUUUGGUGUUUCUGGACAACGAUCCAUCAUAUCUUCGGAGCCGGUUGUGAUAAUGCAACUCAACAAAGUAUGAAUAUCCAACGUUUAAUUUGAAGAUUGAAUUGAAAUGAAUUAGGCCUGAUUUUGAAGAAUAUCUGUCAUAUAUUUGCAUCGAUAGUGAUAAUGCAUUGAAAUCAGGUCUAAAUAUUUAACGUUUGAUUUUAUUGAGUGAAAUUAUAUUCUCAACGUUGGUAAUCAUGUUUAUUUUCAGUUUUAUAAGAUUUAAUUGCUUGAAAAUCAGACGAUUACGCCAAAUCUUAUUUUUGUGAUUCAAACAUUUUCAAAUUUUGUUGGAAUUGGAUGUAAUAUAAUUAAGUUACAACACAAAACGUGGAAGCGAUGCUAAACUUUCGUUAUAUUAUAUAAUUGCAAACUCAUCUAAAUAAUGUUUACUAUCAGCUUUAGAUAAAAUUAUCAAAAAUUAGUUCUUAGAAAGAUAUUGUGACACAUUGAAAAUCAGUUCAUUCCACAAGAGAAUAUUCUUGAUUUUAUAUUUCAUUUAAAACUUUCAGCUUCAUCAAUUUCUUGAUAAUAUAUGUUGUCUAAAUGAAUAUCUGUUUAUCCAGGACACAAUUGUACGUUUUUAUUGGAACAAUUGGCUUCACCAUUCUUUCCAUAUUUGCAAAUGAUAAAUGCCGAGAAGGCCUAACGCUUUCUAAUUGUUUAAUGUCUUCCUAUUUCCGCAUUUAUAAUAUAUAUUGCCAAAUGUACCUAUAACCGAUUGAAAAUCAAAUAAAUAUGUGAAUAUAUGUUAGUAUCCUAUAGAUACCAGGCCGUAGGUAGAUAAAAAAGAAGAAUUCGGUUAGUGACAGAAAUAAAUUUGAUUUUCCUACGCAUGAAUGAGCUGACACAAAAUAGCGUACAGCAAAGACAUUAUCCUACAUUUUUUUGUCUUAUUAUAAAAAUUGUGUCUGUCUCAUUCAGAUCUCUAUAAGUUUAAAAAUAUAUUUUUAUAUAGGGUGUACCAACAGUAACAACUCAAAUCUUGAGCUCGGAAGCCAGCUCAAAAACUGUCACAUAUAUAAUUUUUUAUCUAAGAGUUUAUUGUGUAUUCAUUUAAGUUUGAAACUGAAUUGAAUUUUUUGUGUUCUUUUUUCGUAUUAAAAAACUUGAAAUCACCUUACAACAACGGUUUUACCCGACAUACGAACUACUUUUCAGCUUAUUUCAUACUGUUAAAAAACACCAGUUAUUCCAAAUUAUAACAACCUGCUUUACCUACUCUGAUCUGUGGUAGUAAACUGUAUAUUAUUGAAGUAAGCCUUACCAUUGCAACAAUAGAUAGCGCAAUGUAUAUCUCUAAUAGGGUUGUUAAUGACAGUUGGACUCGUACCUAACCUUUGAAACAUACAGUUAUCAAUAUUUUCUGUUGUGUUAAAUUUAUUUUCUUCAUAUUCAAUGGAGUUUUACUAUAAAAUGAAAGCUUUUUAUUUGAAUUAAUUUUGAAUUAAUUUUACAUGCUUCUCUAUAAUUCUACUCUACACAUUCACCUUAGUUUCCUUCGAUUUUUUCAUUCACUACCUUUAUUUAGAUUAUCCUAAGUCUUUUCGCCUUUCUGUCUACCUGGUUUCCACUCUAUGAGUAACUUAGUUUCAUAUCCGCUUUUCUCUCCACGUUUUCAGACUGGACUAGUUGUUAAUCUUCGAUUAUUAUAUAUUUGGUUUCCAUGACAUUUCUGAACUGAAAACUUCGGUGGAUGAAAUCUAGAGAACGAUCAACUCCAAUAUGGGAGUAGAAGACUGACAUCAAAGAGAAAUGUGAAGGACAAGAAUAACGAAUACUUUUAGGGGAAUAUAGUGCAGAAGAAGGUGUUUCUGAUCCUCUCAUUUGUGAUCGUCUUCAUUCUGAAUCUUCCCAGUGAUUCUUACCAGAAAUCAAUUUUUUCAACUCUUUAUUCCAUACCCAUUUCUACUUUCUCUAUAUUCUUUACAGUAGUAUUGUAGAUUCUGUUUUCAAUUGUCCCCAUGUUUCUAUCGCCUUUCUCGUCACCACUUCUGUCUUCGACUGUUUCAUCCAAUGAUAUAAUUUGUUUGGUAGAUUCAUUUCCAGAUGUUUGUAGUACUUUUUCACCACUGUCCACUAUUUAAUGAAAUUUAUUUUUAUGUAAACAUGGUUUUAUCGAGAUUAACUUCUAAGUCUCAUUUUUAAUAUCGUUAUAAAAUUUUUUGGGUCAAUAUCUUCAUCAUUUUACGGUAUCCCCACUAUGUAUAUCUGGUUUGUAAAGCUCAAGGUGUAAUAUCUCUCUACUUCUCCUUCCGCAAUGAUUAUCCUUCUGUAAAUUCUGUUUUUAAUUGUCUCUAUUUCCAAGUAUUCUCUUAUUGCCUUUCUUCUCAUCAUUUCAAUCUUCAACUGCUUCAUCCUACGAUAUUCUUUGUUUAAUAGUUUCACUUCCGGAUUUUUCUAGAACUCUUUGAUUCCUAUCUACUAUUCAGAAGAAUAUCUUUUAGUGUGUGUACAUGGUUUUAUCCAGAUUGAAUUCCAGGUCCCACUUCUAAUCAUUAUAGAAGCUUUCGGGUCAUAGAAUCUUGCGAUAUCACUACUACUCCGCAAAGCUCAGGAUGUAACUAUUGUUUUUGAAAAGUUGUAAACCCUUUACUUUCCUCCCUUAAUGAUUAUUCCAUGAAUAGUUUUAACAAAAAAGUGUUCAACUUCUCUAUUUUUGAAGCACCCAUCGUUUAUCGUCUUUUCUAAUUUUUUUCUCCUAUUUUCAUUAUCCCCUCAACAGCUACUUCUUAGUGUUUAGGUAAUUUAAUUUCCAAUCCGCGUGUUGUUAUUUACUGGUAAUAUUUGGAACAAUUUAGUCCAGUGUCUGAACGUGUCACUUCUGUAUUUGAUAUACAUCUCCAGGCUCAGAAUAUUUUCGUUAUUCAGAAAACGUAUCUCCAACUUUUUUUCUGCUAUUUUCAUUACACUAUAUUAUACUAUAUUUUCUUAUUGUUCUUCAUAUGGUUUUUAUUAUUUUCCAACUUUGAGUAUCCGUUGUUCCUUGUAUAUAUAAAUGCAUUUUUUCCCAAACUUCAUAUUAGAAUUGGUGUUCUGUUUUUUGCAACCAUAUCCCUAAUACCUUCCACGAUGGUCUCAUUUCUCCAACAGGGUUUCAGUGUUCUCAUUUUCAUAUACAAUUCCCAGCUGUCAUACUUAAUUCGGAAACCUUUCUACCCUUUCAGGUGAAAAGCAUGCUGAAGAUGAGUCAUAACGUGGCCUCCUUUUUCCAUAGCAGUUUUCUUUCUUUCCUUACCUGUCUUUUGUUUUAUUUCCUGCCAUCUUAUUCUUUGAUUUUUUUAAAUUUUUUCUGUCCAGCUCCUUCUAGGUCUUCCUUUCUUUUUCUGUUAGUUUGUGCUUCAUAUAUCUUUCGUAUUUUCAUUUUCAUAACAUGGUCAAACCAUCUUAAUUGUUUUUCUUCGGUUUUAAAUUCAAAUUUCAUCUUAUAGUGUUAUUCCUUAUUUCGUCGUAUCUCGAUUUAUUCGUUAUUUUUCUUAGCAAUCUCAUUUAUGUACUGUAUAUUUUGCUUUUUUUUCUGUGUAAGUGUCAAUGUCCCUGAUCUGUAUGUCAAUAUGAGUGUGGUUAUUUUUUAUAUAUUUCUGUUUUUAUAUGUUUUAGUUAAUCCCUUUUAAAGCUUUUGACCAGGUCUAUAUUUGAUUCUUCUAAUUUUAUGUGUCUUCUUUCGGUUUGCUUUCAUCGACUUAGUUUUGUGUUGGUCUAUUUUCAUAUUCAUUAUCAUUGUCAUUGUAUAUUUUUAAGUUGUAUGAAUUCUUUCUUAUACUUAUUGAGCUCUUCUGAGUUUUUUCAAAAACAGGGUUCCCUCUAACUUUUUAGCAAAUUUGAGAUUGAAAAACAAUUCAUAUCAAUUUACCAAGUAUAAGGGUGGUUAUAGAAAAAGUCUAUUAUUUUACCCGUCCAAAAUAUUUUUUAAAACAGGUGAUAUACUAUCAUUAGUUACAAUGCUUUUUAUUGUGAUUAUAUAAGUGGUUGGUACACCCAAUAAUAUUCAAUAUAUUGAAAACGCUGUUGUUUUUGAUUUUACAGAAUUUAGAAGUGGGAACAAUUGUUAUAUAACAUUAAAAAUAUAUUAUUGUAUAAAUAAACAUUUUGCUUCGUUCAAAUAAAAAUGUCCUAUGUUUUGUGAUAAUUUCUAAGUAUUUAGUUCCCAUUUCAAUUUAACUUGUUAAGCUAUAUUAGUAAAUAAAGAAAGUAUAUUACUGUUCUAUUAAUAAACGAGAAUUUGUUUAUAAUA